UCGAAUUUAUUCGUUCAAGACAACUCGAAUUCAGCGGACGAGUAGUCUGCCAAUUUAGGAAUAGCCAUGAAGCGCAAAGCUUUGUUAGAGAUAACGCAAUGGCUACUGUCGGAGGGAGCAGAAUCGCUUUUGACUAUCUUUAUGAAAACAGCGAUCUGCUUCCAGAAAGAGCUUGCCAUCCGCUGAUGAAAGGCGCAUCCGGCAGAUCCGUCUUGCUCUCUGGGCUACCAAAAGCGACAGAGGCUGAUAUGCUGUGGAUAGAGUACAGGACUUAUGAUAUUGAUACAGGACCAAAUAGCAUCGAGAAUAUACAGCUGUAUGUAUGGUCUCUCGUGUAA